AUGUGUGAUGAAGACGAUGAUGAAUUUAUAAUGUUCGACAGCGGUGCAUCAUUUGCAACCACAGCAUUUCCAAAUUUUGAAGAAAUCCGACGGAGUGGCAAACUUUGUGAUGUUGUUUUGAUUGCAGGUGGUUUAAGAUUCAGCGCGCACCGUGUGGUUUUAGCUGCUACUAUUCCAUAUUUUCGUGCUAUGUUUACUACCGAUAUGGCGGAAUGUCAGAAGGAAGACAUUGAGUUACCUGAAUUGGAUGGAGACACGCUUGAGAGCCUGAUAGCUUUUGCUUACACCGGUAGGGUCCGUAUUACAAGUGCGAACGUACAAAGUAUUAUGCAAGCUGCGAACUUCUUGCAACUGAAUAGCAUUGUCGAUGAGUGUUGCAAAUUUCUUCAAGCUAGAUUUCACGUUCAGAAUAUACUCGGCGUCAGAUCGUUUGCUAUAGCUCUUGGUUGUAUCUCUCUGGUGCUUUCGGCAGGAGAAGAAUUUUUAUCUCUGAGUGUUGACGAGGUCAUCUUAUUGCUCAAUAGAGACGAACUUUUUGUUGAUAAUGAGGGACAGAUUUUUGAUGCUGCAAUACGUUGGUUGGAGCAUGAUCCAUCAAGGGCUGAGUAUUCCACCAGAAUAUUGGUGACAGUUCGCCUACCAUUACUGAAACCACAGUACAUAGCUGAUCGAGUUGCUGCACAUCCCAUGAUAAGUGAAAACUUGGAAUGCAGGAAGCUAAUUGAUGAAGUUAAAGAUUAUUUAUUAAUGCCGGAGAGAAGAAAAAGUUUUAGUACCUUCAAAACUAGACAACGAUGCUGCUUUGACGCUCCUGGACUUAUUUAUGCUGUUGGAGGUCUAACGUGCAAUGGGGAUUCUCUUUCCACAGUGGAAAUGUAUGAUCCUGCUACAGGAAAAUGGUGCUGUACUAAGGCCAUGAACUCGAUCCGUUCUCGUGUUGGUGUUGCUGUAAUGAAUCGUCAACUUUACGCAAUAGGCGGAUUUGAUGGACAUGAUCGCUUACGGACAGUGGAAGUUUAUGACCCGGAUUGGCUAAGAUGGCGACAAGUAGCACCAUUGACAAAUAAACGUUCAGCAUUGGGUGCUGCUGUUGUUAAUGGUCGCAUUUACGUAUGUGGAGGUUAUGACGGCAUCAGUUCGCUCUCUUCGGUAGAAGUGUAUAAUUCAAGGUCUGACAGGUGGACAACCGGAGUUUCAAUGCAUAAGCAAAGAUCUGCAGCUGGAGUUGCAGUCAUUGACAACUAUAUUUACGUGAUUGGUGGCCAUGACGGUAUGUCAAUUUUUAACUCGGCAGAGCGGUUCGACGUUGAAACUGGUGUUUGGGAAAACAUAAAGCCAAUGGGUAGUAAAAGGUGCAGGUUAGGUGCUGCUGCUUUACGUGGCAAGAUUUAUGUUUGUGGCGGUUACGAUGGAUGCCAGUUUUUGAAGUCUGUUGAGGUUUAUGAUCCAGAAGUUGAUGAGUGGUCAUCAUUAUCACCAAUGCAUUUGAAAAGGAGUCGGGUUUCGCUGGUCGCUAACGGUGGUAUUUUGUACGCUAUUGCCGGGUACGAUGGGAUUUCGAAUCUUAGCUCAGUGGAGACUUACAGUGUUGAUGAGGACAAGUGGACUUUGAGGUCAAGUAUGGUUGCACACGAAGGAGGUGUUGGUGUUGGUGUCAUCUCUUUGUCAGCAGAGCAACUAUAG